AUGUGCACACCUAAGACAAAGAGAAGGGAACUGGCCCCACCAGCAUAUGUGUUGGAGGAAUGGAAAAAGGGUGACAAGAAUGCCAUGGCGCAGUUGUUGGAAAAGGUGAACUUUGACAAGGAUGAAUUCUUUAGCCAGCUCUUGAUCAUAGUCAAACGCAAGAAGACAUACCAGCUGGUCAUUGACGAGGGUCGGUAUUCUGAAUCGGAGCUUGAAGAGCUUGGAUGGUCAAAGAACAAAAUCGAAGGAGCAAAGGCACGAUGCAAUGCCCUUGGCCCAAGUCAUGCCAGACGAAAUUCCUAUGAUGGGGAGCUCGAGUAUUGGGUCGUGCUGAAGGAAUCCGGUAAGAGGACUGAAGAGUCGAGUUAUGAGGAGGAACACACCAAGCGUCAAAAGGUGGACCAUAUUCCUGAGUCGGAUCUUGGUACUGAUUUUGCAGCCCUGGAAGCCCGUGCUAGCAGGGAAGUUGCCGAGAAAGACAAGUCGUCCCAUUUGCCAGUGUUGAACAAGUAUGCACAGGUCUACACCGAAGAAGCUGCUGGUGAGUGCAUCAAGAAGCUCGAGGGCCACAUAGCGCAGAUGGACAAACAGUAUGACCUUUGCCACGAAGCUUGGGCGAAAGGUGAGCUGGAAAAAUUCCAGUCAGAAUCGUGCUCCAAAGCAGCUGCGUGCGAGAACAAAAUCAGGACUGCAAAGAAGUACUACGACAAGAAGGACUCAGCUGAGAACCCACCUGAUGUCAAGCCCCGGGAGAAGAAACAGAAGAAAGAGAAAAAGGAGAAGACUGAAAAGACAAGCAAGAAGAGCAAGAAGUGUCAGACCUGGAAGAGCCAUUCGAGGGAUGUGCGCAGCGCCUCUUGUGCUGCCGCCAUCCGGACGGCGCGUGACUUUGUAGCUGAUGUUGGUGAGGCAGCUGCUGGAAAGUCAGGUAGCCUUUUAGAUUUAGCCAAGCGGAACCCUAAAAAUAGGGAAAGGGAUUGCGAACGGCUGAUGUCAAAGAGACUUGGCUUGACCAUUCCAAUCCGGAAGGGCUUCUUGAAAACCAAGAGCCGUUCCCUUCGGAUUCCUUUUCUGCGGUUCAGAGACUGGCUUCUUUUUUUGAUCCAGAACAAUUGUACCCACAUUUUGGCGGGUCUGGUGAAACCCAACCUUGAAAGAGAAGGUGACAUAUGGGAAGCCUUUCGGCGCAACUUUCAAAAGCAGUCUCCUGAACACCCGAUAUUUCAAAAAGAGAGGGAAGGUGAAGUCUGCCUGCGACGUUGUGUGGCGAUCCUUCUUCAUGGAGAUGAAGGCCGAUCCAAGAAGCGACUGCCGUUCUUGGUGCUCAACCUCCAUAGUCCCCUGGGACGGGGGGCGGAGCCUGGCAUGAAGUCAACGGUCAAAAAGAAGUAUUUGAAAAUGUUGGUCAACUUUAAGGGCCAUUCCUAUACCAACCGCUUUCUGGUGUCUGCCAUUGCCAAGGCUGGGUACAGUGGCAAGAACAGCUACGUUUUCGAUUUGCUAUUGAAAACUGUUACUGAGGAGCUGGCUCAUGUGGCAAAUGUGGGUGUCCAAGCUCCAGGCGGCGAGCGAUGGUGGGCUUUCUGCUUAGGCGUGGUUGGUGAUUGGCCGUGGUUAGCCAAAUGUGGCUUGGAACGGAGUUUCAUGAAUGUGCCAAAGCACAAGGCACAUGGAGAUUCUCGCCCAGAUUGCCAGUGUGAAGGAGGAGCCCCAUCCGACUUUCCCUUUGAGCAGAUUCAGACCAAAAACCCCUUGUGGGCAGCAUCUCUCCUUCAGGAGUCUCCGUUUUCGGAACCCAGUCCAUUUGAGGCAGUACCACAUGUUUUCGGGGAACUGGCCACCCUCUUCCGUUUCGACUUGUUUCACUGCUGGCAUCUUGGUGUUGCCAAGAACUUUUUGGGCUCGAUGCUGGCAUUGCUGAGCGACAUGGAAGCUGAAUCGACAGUCGACCGACGUUUUGAAUCUCUGACCUCAAAGUACUUGGAAUGGUGCAAGGCCAACCACAAACAGGCUCAUUGCCAAAAGAUCACGAAGGAGCAUGUCAACUGGAACCAAGGCUACCCCACAGGAAGCUGGCAUAAAGGUGAUCUGAGCACGAGCUUAAUGCUCUGGGUAGAAGCCCGCUUCAGGGCUGAAGACUGGAGUGGUCAAGAUCCUUUGCUGGUCAUGGGAGGGCAGGCAGCCAUUGCCAUCAACUCCUGUUUGAAAUUGCUGUACAACUCUGGGGCAUGGCUGGAGAGUGAUCAAGCAAAGCUGGCUGCAGAAUAUGGUUUGAAAUUUCUCCGGCGCUAUGCGCAGAUGGCAAUUGACGCGCACUCCAGGGCUUUGAAACACUUUUUGCUGAUGCCAAAAGCCCACGCCUUGCACCACCUCUGGCUCGAACUUUUUUGGGCCUCGGCCAAAGGCCGAGUGUUGAGCCCAUUGGCGUUUUCUGUCCAAAUGGACGAAGAUUAUAUAGGAAGAGGGUCGCGGUUGUCACGACAUGUUCAUAGUGCCCGAUGUGAAGAAAGAGUGGUAUCUAGACACCUCCAAGCAGUCUACUCUGCAUUCGUAGAUGCAGGGUAUUUAAUUAGAGCCUCUGGGAGCUGA